AUGCGCAGCGAGGUUCCACGUGAGCGCCUGCGUUUCUCCUCAAACCUAACGAUGCCGCCGGAACGGAGGAGACGAAUGAAACUGGACCGGAGAACCGGAGCGAAGCCGAAGCGGAAGCCCGGAAUGAGGCCGGACUGGAAAGCCGGAACGGGGCCAGGCGGGCCUCCCCAAAAGCCUGCCCCUUCAUCCCAGCGGAAACCGCCGGCCCGGCCGAGCGCGGCGGCCGCUGCGAUUGCAGUCGCGGCGGCGGAGGAAGAGAGACGGCUCCGGCAGCGGAACCGCCUGACGCUGGAGGAGGACAAACCGGCCGUGGAGCGGUGCUUGGAGGAGCUGGUCUUCGGCGACGUCGAGAACGACGAGGACGCGUUGCUGCGGCGUCUGCGGGGCCCGAGGGUUCAAGAACAUGAAGACUCGGGUGACUCAGAAGUGGAGAAUGAAGCAAAAGGUAAUUUUCCACCUCAAAAGAAGCCAGUUUGGGUGGAUGAAGAAGAUGAAGAUGAGGAAAUGGUUGACAUGAUGAACAAUCGGUUUCGGAAAGAUAUGAUGAAAAAUGCUAGUGAAAGUAAACUUUCGAAAGACAACCUUAAAAAGAGACUUAAAGAAGAAUUCCAACAUGCCAUGGGAGGAGUACCUGCCUGGGCAGAGACUACUAAGCGGAAAACAUCUUCAGAUGAUGAAAGUGAAGAGGAUGAAGAUGAUUUGUUGCAAAGGACUGGGAAUUUCAUAUCCACAUCAACUUCUCUUCCAAGAGGAAUCUUGAAGAUGAAGAACUGUCAGCAGGCGAAUGCUGAACGUCCUACUGUUGCUCGGAUCUCAUCUGUGCAGUUCCAUCCUGGUGCACAGAUUGUGAUGGUUGCUGGAUUAGAUAAUGCUGUAUCACUAUUUCAGGUUGAUGGGAAAACAAAUCCUAAAAUCCAGAGCAUCUAUUUGGAAAGGUUUCCAAUCUUUAAGGCUUGUUUUAGUGCUAAUGGGGAAGAAGUUUUAGCCACGAGUACCCACAGCAAGGUUCUUUAUGUCUAUGACAUGCUGGCUGGAAAGUUAAUUCCUGUGCAUCAAGUGAGAGGUUUGAAAGAGAAGAUAGUGAGGAGCUUUGAAGUCUCCCCAGAUGGGUCCUUCUUGCUCAUAAAUGGCAUUGCUGGAUAUUUGCAUUUGCUAGCAAUGAAGACCAAAGAACUGAUUGGAAGCAUGAAAAUUAAUGGAAGGGUUGCAGCAUCCACAUUCUCUUCAGAUAGUAAGAAAGUAUACGCCUCUUCGGGGGAUGGAGAAGUUUAUGUUUGGGAUGUGAACUCAAGGAAGUGCCUUAACAGAUUUGUUGAUGAAGGCAGUUUAUAUGGAUUAAGCAUUGCCACAUCUAGGAAUGGACAGUAUGUUGCUUGUGGUUCUAAUUGUGGAGUGGUAAAUAUAUACAAUCAAGAUUCUUGUCUCCAAGAAACAAACCCAAAGCCAAUAAAAGCUAUAAUGAACUUGGUUACAGGUGUUACUUCUCUGACCUUCAAUCCUACUACAGAAAUCUUGGCAAUUGCUUCAGAAAAAAUGAAAGAAGCAGUCAGAUUGGCCUGUUGUCUUAACAGAACGGAGGCAAUUCUCGGGUUUUGAAAGUAAGUUGAACUUGAAAAUUAAAUUGUAUAAAAGUAUUGUAAUUUAAAUAGCUAGGUAGUACCUUUGAAUAUACCCUUUGUAUCAGGAAUCCGCAGGACCACCUCCAGGUUUGGUGGCUAACUAGAGAUGACUUCCAGGACUCUGCAUAUGUUCAUUGAACUCAUGGCUAAAAUGUAUUGCAGUGAAAAGGAUACAAAGCAAAAUCAGCAAAGGGAAAGGGUACAUGGAGUAAAGUCCGGAGGAAACCUUUAGAGUCCUCUUCUAGUAGAGUCACACAGGACAGUUUAAUUCCUCCAGUAAUGAGUUGUAACAACAUGUGUUAGGUGUUUUCUAUCUGGGAAGCUCAUUAGAGACUCAUUGCAGAGGGUUUUUAUUGGGACUUCAUAUAGGUACCCUCUGCCUAGCAUGUACCAAAAUUCUAGAUUCCCAGAAGAAAAGCCAGGUGUUUAGCAUAAACCACAUUGUUUGUACAAACAGUUUAGGCACAGUGAGCUACCCAUAUCAUUUAGGGAAAUUUUCAUGCCAGGAUAGGAACUGUGUGCUAGUCAAGUUCUCUGACACUAUGCAAUGGCCACCCUUGUAAGCAGACCUUUCUGUUUUUUGUUUUUUUUUGAGACCAAGUCUCGCUCUGUUGCCCAGGCUGGACUGCAGUGGUGCGAUCUCGGCUCACUGCAGCCUCCGCCUCCUGGGUUCAAGCGAUUCUUCUGCCUCAGCCUCCUGAGUAGCUGGGAUUAUAGGCAUGCGACACCACGCCCAGCUCAUUUUUGUAUUUUUUUUUUUUUUUUUUUUUAAGUAGAGACGGGGUUUCACCAUUUUGGUCAGGCUGGUCUCGAACUCCCGACCUCAUGGUCCGCCUGCCUCGGGCUCCCAAAGUGCUGGGAUUACAGGAGUGAGCUGCUGUGCCCAGCCCAGAACUUUCUAAGGAUAGCAGCCUUGGGCCUAUGUAAACUCUUUUCUGCCCAACAUCAGAGCUCACUUUCAGUGUCACCCCAUCUCUGUGAAGUUUCCUACUCUUCAGGCAGAGCCAAUUUUCUCAUUCAUUUAACAAUUUUUUGGUCAAGGCACCAGGUAUACAGAAGGCAUAGAACUUUGAAUACCAGAAUUAUGUUUGCUGCUAUGUGUGUACUACCAGAUUGUACGCACUUUACAAAGUGUGUUAUUUUUAUUGUGCUCACUUGGCAGAAAGCCUCGUAUCUGCCAUCAGCUUUGUAUUAGAAUAUAUCGUUUACAAAGAUUUACAAAGAGUUCUACAAAAAGUUUGAGCCAAGUAACAGUUCUUCAGAGGAUUAACUUAACCAAAGUAAACAGUUAAUAAAGGGCAGAAUUGUGAUUUAGAUUCCACAUUUUUUUCUAGCAGUUCAUUGGUUUUCUGGCUGAAUUCCACAGAGCCCUAGAUUCUGCACAGGGCUUUAUAUGGCAUGUAGGGCAAGGAGGAGGCUAAGCUCCUUAACUUGUAUCAUGUAGAGCAGUGUCAUUGUUGUCUGUGGUAUAUAUAUUGGGAUUCUGCAUAUGAUUUCCUUAAGAAAUGUUUUGUUGCGCUGGGCACGGUGGCUCAGACCUGUAAUCCCAGCACUUUGGGAGGCUGAGGUGGGUGGAUCACUUGAGGUCAGGAGUUCAAGACCAGCCUGGCCAACAUGGUGAAACCCCAUCUCUACUAAAAUUACAAAUAUUAGCUGGGCAUUGUGGUGGGCGCCUGUAAUCCCAGCUACUCAGGAGGCUGAGGCAGGAGAAUGGCUUGAGCCUGGAAGGUGGAGGUUGCAGUGAGCCAAGAUCGUGCCUCUGUACUCCAGCCUGGGUGACAGAGUAAGAGUCUGUCUCAAAAACAGCAACAACAACAACAAAAUGGUUUGCUGGAAAAAGAGUGUGAAAAUUACAGCAUAGCAUUUUAUUGCUAUGCUGUUGAGUGAAUCAUUUGAUAAAUGAGAAGGUUCUAAUUCAAGUCAGCUUUAAAAUCCCUGCUCCCUAAUGGGAGUGGUAUACUAGUAAUAUUAACCUUUUAUCACUUUAAUGGUAGUAAAUUGUUUUAGAAAACCAUGGGAUCUAUCUCCUGUUGACAUAAUAUAUUCUGCAAGACACAUAAUAGUUAGUUCUGCAUUGUUUGCUUCAGUGAUCAUGACAGCAUUUAUAUUUUUUUUAUUGUGGCAAAAUCACAUAAGGAAUUCAUUAGUAAAAGCCAAAUCACAGUUUUUAAAUGGUAGUCAACCAUAAUAUCUAAUGGAAAGAAGCCAGGCAUAGCAGCUCCAUAAUGCCUUGUAAAAAACAUUGUUAGCAUUGUUAAAUGCAGUCAAUUCCUUAUAAUGAUCCAGACGGUUUUGUCAUCCCAUUACAAAGCACUGUGAAUUUAAGCUGUUGGACUAGUAGGAGACUCAGAAGUCAAAUUCCUGUUACAUCGACAAUUUUGGAUAUAGUAGAACGUCAUGGAACUUUCUACCCAUUAAAUCAAGGAUGAGCGAGCUUUUACUUGUUGAAUUUUGAUAUCUGGAAACUUAACUGUCGUGAUAGAAAUGGUAUUAGAAAGCCGGCUGCGGUGGCUCACGCCUGUAAUCCCAGCACUUUGUGAGGCCGAGGCAGACGGAUCACCUGAGGCCAGGAGUUAAAGAAGUUGGAUCUUUAUAGGCAUUUUUCCUAAUUAAUAGUUCAAUUAUAGCUUUUAAAAUGGGGGCUAUAAAUAGAUGUCAGAGCACAGCAUAGUUUUAAUCAGGUGAGAUCAUUGGCCUGAGGGAAGAUUCACCAAUGCAUUGAGAGAUUACACUGGGAAAUUUUGCAGGUAGAUGCUAUUGAUCUCUUAGGAGGACAUUGUAAACAAUUCCCCUCCUUUUCCUGAUAUUCCAAGUCAGUAGCAGAGAUAAAGUUUAAAAAUAGGUCAGGUGCAGUGGCCCACACCUUAAUCCCAGCACUUUGAGAGGUCAAGGUGAGAGGAUCACUUGAGGCCAGGAGUUCGAGACCAGCCUGGCCAACGUGGUGAAACCCCAUUUCUACUAAAAAUACAAAAAUUAGCUGGGCGUGGUACCCCACACCUGUAAUCCCAGCUACUCAGGAGGCUGAGACAGAAGAAUUGCUUGCCCCCAAGAGGCGGAGGUUACAGUGAGCUGAGAUCGCGCCACUGUACUCCAGCCUGGGCAACAGAGUGAGUGAGACUUGAUCUCAAAAAAAAAAAAGAAAAGAAAAGUCAUUCAGAUAGAAAGGUUGGUUCUAGUGUAUUUUGAUGAGGAAGAGUCAGAAAACCAGCUCCCCAAACUUCAAAGUCAUUCCAGGAAAGUUGGUGAGUGAAUGCCUGAGGCAUAGUUUCAUAGUAUCAGGUGAAUAGGGUGGGAACAAAAGGCAGAGGUAGAACAGCUUUGUCCUCACCCCUUGUAGCAAAUGUUUUUUUCCUGAUCAUCUGCUUUCCUGAUGUUUUGGAUCAUCUUUUCAUAGUUGGGGCAUGCUUGAAGGAUACAAACUUACAAUAACCCAAGUGAAACACAGUUAAGCCAAGGUACUUAUCACAAAUUUAUAUAAUAUCUGCCUUCCCAAAUUAAAUGUAAAUAAAUUUUGCAAUAUCCAUGUUGUGGCUUCUCUCUGUAAAACAGGAGUCUGCUUUUUUACUAAGUGCUUGAAAAAAUAUAUAUACUUAAAAGUAAUUUCUCAAGGAACCUGUAUAGAGAGUGGUAUUUAAGAACUUUAGAAGUGAAGUCCAAAUUGGGGUACUGCCAACUUCUUAGCUUUAAUGGGUCAAGACCACUUUUCAUUAGCACCAUUGCCUUCACAUUGAUGCCACGCUGUGCAGGCAGAACCUGCCUUCUGGCAAAGUUGAAAAUAAUUGAAUGUGGCUUGGAGAUUCACUGUAAACAGUAUUUUCUUGACAAAAUGGUCAGUAAGUAUGUAUCAGAAUUUGGCCUAAUAUGUGACUGACUGAAACCAGUUUAAUAGGUGUAUGUAUCAGUGGUUUUUACCCAGCACUUGCCUGUGAAAAUCACUUUGAUUGAUGGUAUAAAGUCUGACCUAAAAGUGUGGAGGAUGACUAACUGCCCAGCUGAAUGAUAACGGUUGUAUAUAUUUGAACAUGAAGGUGCUAUAUCUCUUGGGAGAGUUAGAGAACAUCUGAAAGUGAGCGUUGUUACAAUUGUGGCCUAAAGGUAACUGCUUCCAUACCUGGGUUUUAUUCAUCCACAAAUUGGGUGAGGACCUGUCUCAACUCUCCUGAACUUAGGAAGUAGACUCUGGAGAAAGAGACUGUGUGUGUUCCUCCUCAUACUUACGUCUGGCUUUGAGGUGAGCUUUUGGCUCUCUCUAAAUCAGAACAGUUUCACUUGGAGUUAGAUUUUCAUGAUUCAGCCCUCUUCGAAGAGAAAUUGUAAAAGGCAAAGUGUAUAUACAAUAGUUGAAAAAAGUACAAAAUGGCAAUUUUAUGAUAGUAGAAUAUAUGUGGUAUGACUUUGCCUAGGCUUCAGUUAUGUAAAAUCAGACUUUAUAAUGUUUAAUUUUUUUCACCAUUUAACUAACCAGAUGAACCUUCAUGUUUAAAAUCUCUUUUCCCUGUGAUCAGAUUUUAGUAUUCUUUACUGUGGUCAUUAAGCUAGAGUGGGUACUUUUUGCUUUAGUUUGUUCAUUAAUUUACUCAUUCAGCAAACAUUUGAAUCUCUGAGGCAUCAUGCUGGAUGCUGUACUGACGCUUCUUUCUCUUUCUUCCUUUUCUGCUCAGUUAACACAUUAAAGAUCAAAUUUUAUAGUGUGUACACAUGGACACAGUAGAAUAAUAGGCAUUGGAGACUUGGAAAGGUGGGAGCGUGGGAGGAGGGGUAGGGGACGAGAAAUUAUCUGAUGGGUACAGUGUACAUCAAGCUUGUCCAACCCACGGCCCAGGACGGUUUGAUUGUGGCCCAACACUAAUUUGUAAACUUUCUUAAAACAUGAGUUGUUUUUUUUUUUUUUUAA